AUGUCUUUAGACUCAGGUAAUCCUCCAGAUAGCCAGAUCGACCUCUUUCAAGGAUGGCCCGCCAUUUCCAUGCUCCCAGUCGACCGACUCAAGAAAGCAGCAAAUGACGCUCUAUCAAACGAGACUAUAUUCGCAACAGGAUUGGAAUAUGGCCCAAAUGAAGGCCACCUUCCUUUGCGAGAAAAUAUAGCCAAUUGGCUUUCCAAAUCUUAUGCCCCUCCACAGCCCGUCGGUGUCGACCGAGUAUGCAUUACCGGCGGCGCCAGUCAGAAUUUAGCAUGUGUGUUGCAGGUAUUCACGGACCCGGCUCAGACAAAGAUGAUUUGGCUCGUGGAGCCAACUUAUCAUCUUGGAUUCCGAAUCUUCGAAGACGCUGGAUUUAUGGGGCGACUGCGAGGUGUACCCGAAGACGAAGAGGGCUUGGAUGUUGAAGCACUAGAGGCGGCUUUGAGGGAAUUCGAACUUCGAGAAAGCUCGGUGUGUCAGGAUGAAAAGACCGAGAAUAGGCCUCAUGGCAAGAUCUACAAACAUGUCAUCUACUGUGUUCCAACAUUCGCCAACCCGUCAGGAAAGACAAUGCCUCGCACUCGGCGUGAAGCUCUGAUCAGGGUUGCUCGCAAGUACGACGCACUCGUCGUAACAGAUGAUGUGUAUGAUUUUCUCAGUUGGGGCACAUCACAAGACCCCAACUCGGUUUCAGGUCCUCCGGCUCGCCUCGUGGAUAUCGAUCGAGCUCUCGAUAAUGGUCCGCAUAAUGGGUUCGGCAAUGUUGUGAGCAAUGGAUCUUUCAGCAAGCUUAUCGGUCCGGGAUGUCGAGUCGGAUGGGCUGAAGGGAUGCCGGAGUUUAUAUUUGGUCUAUCAGAAGCUGGCUCCACACGAUCUGGUGGUGCUCCGUCACAGCUCAUGUCGACAUUUGUCAAUGAGCUCCUGGAAGACAACUUCCUCCCCGAGUAUAUCAGUGAAUUCUUAGUACCCGAAGGGCGAAGAAGACACAAUGCUCUAGCGUCUGCAGUCAAAGCGCAUCUCGUUCCAUUUGGUGUGACAUUCACUCCUGAUCCGGAGACCAGUCCACUGGUCGGUGGAUAUUACAUCUGGAUUCGACUGCCUGAUAUCUUGACGUCAGCACAAGUUUGUGAAGAAGCGCUGCAGAAGCAGAACCUCGUGCUAGGUAGCGGUGAGACGUUUGCAGUUCCAGGUGGUGAUUUUUCGGCGGGGGAGUUGCAUCGCAGACUGAGGUUGUGUUUCAUGUGGGAGGAUGAAGGGCGGCUAGUUGAGGGGGUGAAGAGAUUGGCGCUCGUGAUACAAAGUAUACUCGAACAUGAUUGA